AUCUGAUGAGACAAGUUUCAUAUGCUCUUAUUGUUGCAUCACAAUGAAACUCUUUACGCUCGUGAUUUUCGCCACAUGUGUGGUGCUAAGUUCGGCGAGCAUGAAAAAUAAGAAGAUGCCAUUUCCGGCAUGCAUAACAAAAGAACCACCAUUAGAGAACCCCAUGAAAUGCACACAGUUCCCACAGUCCGUGAGGUGCCUUCAUAGAUGGUGUACUUUUACGGCAGAAAAAGGCAUGAUAUGGAUAAACAAGAAAUUCGAAAGUGUAGAAUUAGCGAAAAAAAUCAAAGAACCAGUCGAAGAAUGCGGAAAAGCGGGGCAGAAAUGCUCUGGUCAUCGUUGCCCAUGUAAGUGCAAAACUAAGGGAAAAUGGAUCUCGAGGGACGGUGUGGUAAAAAUGAAAAUCGAUGGAAAAUGGGUAAAAUCUGUUCUGAAACCAGACAUUCUCAUCAGGGUGCCAGGGGGUUGCACGUGUACUGAACCUGAUGACUAGAUUCGAUGGCUGAUGAAGCAGUUAAGAUAAAAAAAA